AUGCAAUCACAGAAACCCCUCGGAGGCUCCUUCGUUGCUUCGCUUGCGGGUUCUGGGCCAUGUGAGGGCCCAUUGUCCUGUGGAGGCGUACUAUGCCGCGAUCGAGCGGCAGAUCCAACUCGGGUUGCUCUCGCCUGGCAUUCGCGACCUCCAGGCACCCCGGCGGGCCCCUCCGGGGAUCUGCCUCCACAAAUGGCUUCUCGGGCUUGGGCUACUCCUUCUGCAGCUGAAGCGGCUGAGGAGGAAUCUUCUCCGGUUAUCAAGGCCGAGGAGGAAUCCUCUCCGGUUGUGAAGGCUGAGGAAGAGUACCGCUCGCCUUCGGAGCCUCGUGUAAAGGAGGAACCUUCUGAGUGA